AUGGGCUCCGCCGGAGAUCCCGCCGAUAUCGUAACCGACCCGGAACCAGGACCGGAGACUUCUCUCCUCCUCAAUUCUCACCACGAAUCAUCAUCAUCAACCACCAAAACCCCUUCCGAUUCCUUCCACUUGGCCUACAUCAUCUACUUCACCCUCGGCGUCGGCUUUCUCCUCCCAUGGAACUCCUUCAUCACCGCCGUCGAUUACUUCUCCUACCUCUACCCAUCCACCUCCGUCGAUCGGAUCUUCGCCGUCGUCUACAUGCUCGUCGGACUCGUCUGCCUCCUCGUCAUCAUCGUCUUCUACGCGCAUAAGAGCCUCGCCAGCUUCAGGAUCAACCUCGGACUCUUCCUCUUCGUGAUCUCCUUGCUCGUCGUCCCCGUUCUGGAUCUCGUCUACGUCAAGGGACAAGUCGGUUUAUACGCCGGAUUCGACAUCACCUCCGCCGCCGUCGGGCUCGCCGGAUUCGCCGACGCGCUUAUGCAGGGAGGUCUAAUCGGCGUCGCUGGUGAAAUGCCUGAGCGGUACAUGCAAGCUGUCGUCGCCGGAACUGCUGGCUCCGGUGUUCUUGUUUCACUAUUGAGGAUAUUGACGAAAGCUGUGUAUCCACAAGAUCCAAACGGGUUGAGAAAAAGCGCGAAUCUCUACUUCUCCGUUGGGAUUGUCGUCGUUGUUCUCUGUGCUGUGUUCUACAACGUAGCGCAUAAGCUUCCGGUGAUCAAGUACCACGAGGAGCGGAAGAAGGAAGCUUUGAUCAAAGAGAGUCAAGAGAGAGGAGGAGGUUCUUUAACCGGACCUGUGUGGAGGAAAACGCUCUGGCAGAUCGUGAAGAGAGUCAAAUCUCACGGAUUCGGGAUCAUCCUCAUAUACGUUGUGACGUUGUCGAUAUUCCCUGGGUACAUCACUGAGGAUGUUCACUCUGAGCUGCUCGGAGAUUGGUACUCCGUGCUGCUCAUUGCGGCGUACAACGUGUUUGACUUGGUUGGGAAGUCGUUGACCGCUCUUUACAUGGUGCAGGACGAGAAGAUCGCUGUUGGUGGUUGUAUUGCGAGGCUUUUGUUUUACCCUCUCUUCUGGGGUUGCUUGCACGGUCCAAUGUUUCUCAGGACUGAGAUUCCUGUGACGAUACUGACUUGCCUGUUGGGACUCACGAAUGGUUACUUGACGAGCGUGUUGAUGAUUCUUGCUCCGAAGUCUGUUCAGCUGCAACACUCUGAGACUGCAGGUAUCGUCAUGGUGCUGUUCUUGGUUAUUGGUUUGGCCUCAGGGUCUGUUGUGGCUUGGUUCUGGGUCAUCUGA